AUGGAGGACGAGCUAAUUGCGCAGCGCGAUGCAGCCAUUGCCGUAACAAAAGAGCUGCAACGGCAGUUACAGACUCACCGAGAGGAGAUGGAAAGAACCUUCGAACGUCGCACACUUAACGCGGAACGGCUGCGUCUCCACGCCGAAGAGAAAUUACGUCGCGCUAUCGAAGACCGCGAUUGGAGCGAGAGUUGCUGCCAUCGACUACUGGCUUUGGCACUAUUCCUAGGCUGUGGUGGCGCUGUUAUUGGCUGGGCCGUGGGAUUAUUAGUACUGCUGGCGGUAGGUGAGCCACUCGUGGGGUUUCUACUGGUGCUGCCAGGGAUGGCGUUGGGGACGUUGAUGGGGCUGGCGAUUGCCAAGACAAAGACUCAAUGGGAAAGCAGACGCCGAGACGCCAAGAACAGAGAAGACAAACGUCAUUCGGAAGUGGAAAUGGCUGUCAGCACUGGAGUACGGGGGCAGGACUUGCCGUUGGAACCAUUGGAGAAUGUUCCUGGUAUGCAGGACGUUGCAGAGAAGAACUCAAGACAGGCAGCGCAUAACUGGAGAAGAGAGGCAGCAGAGGAAAAGCAGCCUACUGUAGGAUCUAGAUCGCUGCUCAGCAUGGGCUGGAAUGCGACGUGGUUCACGUUGCAUACAUUAAAGGACAUUACAGUGGGGCUGUAUUAUGGUGGAUACUUGCACAUACCUGAGGAUACGAAAAAGAGGGAGUAA